CUCCUUUCUUAUUCAAUUCAACCCUCUCCACUCUCUCUCCCUUCGCCAAACAACCAUUACCCAUCGCCAUGAGGACAUGCCACUAUAUUAUCCUUGGCAUCGAAAAGAACGCCUCGGACUUGGAUAUCAAGAAGGCAUAUCGCCGCAAAGCACUAGAAUGGCAUCCAGAUAAGAACCAUUACCGAGUCGAGGAGGCCACCAAGCAGUUUGCGUUCAUUGCCGAGGCAUACGAAGUUCUGUCCGAUCCACAGGAGCGCGCCUGGUACGACUCCCAUCGUGACGCUAUCCUUCGUGGAGAUGACAAAUCAGAGCAAUCAGAGGGUGCUGCGGGAACGACGUCUGCGGAACUUAUGAAGUUCUUCAGCACAUCCGUUUACAAAGGAUUCCGGGAUGACAGCGCUGGAUUCUAUACUGUCUACCGUAACCUUUUCGAAAAGCUGGCACAAGAAGAGGUCGAGGCCGUCGCCAAUGACCGAUAUGAAGAGUCCACAGGAUCUAAUGUUCAUUAUCCAUCCUUUGGAUGUUCCACCACCGCAUAUGAUGACAAUUCGGAUUCGGACGUGAAACAGUUCUACAAUGCCUGGCUUACGUUUUCGUCCCAAAAGAGUUUCUCCUGGUGUGACAAGUAUCGUCUCACGGAGGCACCCGAUCGCAGAGUGCGUCGGGCCAUGGAGAAGGAGAACAAGAAGUUCAGGGACGCAGCUCGUAAAGAAUUUAACGACACUGUUCUGUCACUUGCAUCGUAUGUUCGAAAGCGUGAUCCACGGUAUAUCGCCUAUCAGGAACAGCAAAAGCAGAAGCAAAAGCAGGUCCAGGCCGAUAUCAAGGCCAGGCUGGAGAAGGAGAAGGAGCUGCUUCGUGCCAAGGCAGGAAAGUUCCAGGAACAGGAAUGGACACGCGUUCAGGACGAUGACGAGAACAACGAGUCUGGAUCGGACGAUGACGGCACCGAGGACGAGUUCGAUCAAGAAUAUGAAUGCAUCAUUUGCGACAAGUUUUUCAAAUCCGAACGGCAGUGGAAGAAUCAUGAGCGGAGCAAGAGACAUUUGAAGGCUGCGGAGGAUAUCCGACUGGAAAUGCUGCAUGAGGAAAACCAGCUUAUGGGUCUAUCCCCUAAACCGUCAGAAGAGAAUCAGGUCGAGAACGGAGAGUUAGAGAGCGGCGAUGAAGAGGAGGCACUCGAGACGCCGUCCACACGUUCCAAGGCAGCAGACGAAACCGAAGACUUAUCAGCAGGAAGUGACCUGGAUGAUCUGGAGGAGCCCGUCGAGACCGCCGCUCCCGUCUAUUCAGAUCUCAAGUCAAAGAAGAGAGCCAAAAAGAAGAAGGUUAUGGCAACUGGAUUGGAUAUUGACGAAGCAGAGAUCGAUGAGCUCGAUCAAGAUGGCCUUGCCGAUCUCUUAGGCUCCGUACGGAUGUCGUCAUUGUCAUCACCUUUGGGCCGCUCGCGGGCCUCGACGCCCAAUAGCCGUCGGUCGAGAGCUCAGAAAGAUCAUUGGGAAGGCGAUAGCGACAAAGAUCAGGACGGAGAAACGCCGCUGUCAACCGCGCCAGUGUCCAGAGCAGAGUCACCCGAUGGUCUCGGCGGAGGAAAUGGAAAAUCAAAGAAAUUGAGUGCCAAAGAGAAAAAGAAGGCCCGAUCUGAACGUGCGGCUCAAAAGCUCGCAGACUCUGGAGAAUCAGCGUUGAAGUGCCGCAUUUGCUCGACGGAUUUUGAGUCAAAGAACCAACUCUUUUCACAUAUCAAGGAAACGGGCCAUGCGCUCGCACCUGCCGUCGCAGUACCAUCCGGCUCGACUACUGGUACAUCAACACCAGACAAUUUCUUUUCGUCUGAUGACGAACAGACCCGAGGCAAGGGCAAGAAGGGUCGUGGAAAGCGGAAGUAGAUUUCACAAGUCUUUCAAUAACAAGUUAAAC